GUCUAAGAGACGUCAUGUGUACACACCCCCAUCCUCAGAACUUCAUGUUGACAACUAUGCAAAGAUGUUGCAAAUGAAAAAUCGUAUAAAAUAUUGCUCUUUGGCAAUUGCUGCGACCAGGUUGUUUUCGUCUGGACCCGUCAAGAAUCCAGUCGUGUAUUUUGACAUCGCAGCUGACAAUGAACCUCUGGGACGAAUCAUUAUAGAGUUGAAUGCAGCCGCUGUGCCCAAAACAGCAGAGAACUUUAGAGCACUGUGCACUGGGGAACAUGGCUUUGGAUACAAAGGAUCAGUGUUCCACAGAGUGAUUCCUGAGUUCAUGUGUCAGGGAGGAGAUUUCACGCAUCACAACGGGACUGGAGGGAAGUCCAUAUACGGGACCCAGUUUAAAGACGAGAACUUCAAACUGAAACACAACGGGCCAGGUAUCUUAUCCAUGGCAAAUUCAGGGGCGAACACGAACGGUUCUCAGUUCUUCAUCUGCACAGUUAAAACUGAAUGGUUGAAUGAUAAGCAUGUGGUCUUUGGUCAGGUGAAGGAGGGCAUGGAGGUAGUCUUCAAGAUGGAAUCCUUUGGUUGUCAUGACGGUGGUGUGGUAAAGAAAAUCGCCAUCACGGACUGUGGGGAGAUCAAGUAAAACACACAGACAGGUUGGAGAAGGUCACUGUGGACAACGACUCUUGGAAACGUCCAAUUUUGUACAAGUUUUUUUAAACUCUUCUGUUUUCCUCACCCAAUUAAAAAAUGACAACCACAAAUACACCAGCUGUCUCUCAUACAUGUAGUCUCUUGUCAGCUGUCUCUCAUACAUGUAGUCUCUUGUCAGCUGUCUCUCAUACAUAUAGUCUCUUGUCAGCUGUCUCUCAUACAUGUAGUCUAUUGUCAGCUGUCUCUCAUACAUGUAGUCUCUUGUCAGCUGUCUCAUACAUGGAGUCUCUUGUCAGCUGUCUCAUACAUGUAGUCUCUUGUCAGCUGUCUCUCAUACAUGUAGUCUCUUGUCAGCUGUCUCUCAUACAUAUAGUCUCUUGUCAGCUGUCUCUCAUACAUGUAGUCUAUUGUCAGCUGUCUCUCAUACAUGUAGUCUCUUAUCAGCUGUCUCAUACAUGGAGUCUCUUGUCAGCUGUCUCAUACAUGUAGUCUCUUGUCAGCUGUCUGUCAUACAUGUAGUCUCUUGUCAGCUGUCCCUCAUACAUCUAAUCUCAUCGUCUUUGGACAAUGUGUUCUCCCUUCACACACACACUUACUCUAUAGCAUUUAUACUGUCUGUACUCAUGACAACUUCUCAUGUUCAUAGCCUGUGCUUUACACAUUCAAGAGUUGUUGUAUGGAGAGGUUUGGACUUUGGAGUAUUUCAACACUGGUACUAAGAUACCUCUGAAAUGGGUGCUUUUUAUUCUAGAUGUCACUAAUAUUUUUCUAAAGAAAAUCAUCUAUAAACUAUUUAAGGCAUGUAUGAUGGACCCGACACCUAUAGAAUGUAUAAAAUAAUGUACAUUUACUGCCAAAUAAAUCUAUGUUUUUAGAUUUUA